GACAAGCACUGGUUGAUGAGACAGGCCAAGACUCCCAUGACCAACUCCUCUAUCCAGUUACUGGAUGACGCCUACAGGAAACGGUGGCGUACUCUGCUGUCAGUGGAUGACCUGGUGGAGAAGGUGGUGAAGAGGUUAGAGGUCCGAGGUGAACUGGAGAACACUUAUAUCAUCUUUACCUCAGACAACGGAUACCACACAGGUCAGUUCUCUCUCCCCCUGGAUAAGAGGCAGCUCUAUGAGUCUGACAUCAGAGUUCCUCUGCUGAUCCGAGGGCCCAACAUCAAGCCGAACCAGACCACCGGGCUAGCGGUCCAGAACGUUGACCUGGGUCCUACCAUCCUGGACAUGGCUGGUUACAACGUCAACAAGACCGCCAUGGACGGCAUGUCCUUCCUGCCUGUACUGGAGGGAUCUGUGAACAGCACGACGUGGAGAACGGACUUCCUGGUGGAGUAUGAAGGGGAGGGAUCUAACGUGGCUGAUCCAGCCUGUCCGCUGCUCGGUCCCGGGGUCUCUGAAUGUUUCCCCGACUGUGUGUGUGAGGAUUCCUUCAACAACACGUACGCCUGUGUUCGUACCGUCGCACCCUCCGCCGACAUCCAGUACUGCGAGUUCGACGACAACGAGGUGUUUGUGGAGGUCUAUAACAUGACAGUAGACCCCUACCAGCUCAUUAACCGGGCGAAGACCAUCGACCAGGAGGUUCUGGAGAAGAUGAACCACAGGCUGAUGAUGCUGCAGUCCUGUUCUGGACAGUCCUGUAGGACCCCUGGGGUCUACGACGCACGGUUUGCGUUUGACCCUCAGCUGAUGUUCAGUAACAGGAGGCGGCGGAUCAGCGGGCCGAGACGGGCCUGAAGAGCAGGAGCAGAGUUGUGUGUGUGUGUGUGUGUGUGUGUGUGUGUGUGUGUGUGUGUGUGUGUGUGUGUGUGUACACACACAGUGUCACCAUUGAUUGGUUAUUCUAAGACAUGUUGUGUCUAAUUACGUGAGGAAAAUCAAUUACCUCAAAUCAGCUGCUUUUCAAAUCAUUAACAAGUCUUGACCGGCUACAGUAGGACUAGAAACCUGUUCCGCUUCCUCCCAGUAGGACUAGAAACCUGUUCCUCUUUCUCCCAGUAGGACUAGAAACCUGUUCCUCUUUCUCCCAGUAGGACUAGAAACCUGUUCCUCUUUCUCCCAGUAGGACUAGAAA